AUGUCGAGUGCCAGCGAGUUUUUGGACAAGGGCGUGGACCUUGUGAAGAAAGCCAUUGAGGCAGAUAGUACCAGCAAAUAUGAUGAGGCGUACAGACUGUACUACAACGGCCUGGACUACUUGAUGCUAGCCCUCAAGUACGAAAAAAAUCCUAAGUCUAAAGAGACAAUCAGGUCCAAAUUUACUGAGUACUUAUCUCGCGCAGAACAAUUAAAGGAGUAUCUAGAUAAGAAACAACAGCAGGAUCAGACAGGCGAGGCAAGUGCGACAUCUGGGUCUGUGAAAGCGAAGAAGACCAGCGGAGGAGAAGAUGACGACAAUGACAGUGAUACAAAAAAAUUGAGAGGAGCCCUUGCUAGUUCGAUUCUAAGCGAAAGGCCCAACGUGCAAUGGAGCGAUAUUGCGGGUUUGGAACUUGCGAAAGAGGCUUUAAAGGAAGCUGUCAUAUUGCCGGUCAAGUUUCCUCAUUUAUUCAGAGGCAAAAGAAAACCGGUUUCUGGAAUUCUCUUAUAUGGCCCUCCAGGUACCGGUAAGUCUUAUUUGGCCAAGGCAGUUGCUACAGAGGCCAACUCUACAUUUUUUUCUGUCUCUUCAUCAGAUCUGGUGAGUAAAUGGAUGGGUGAGUCUGAAAGGCUUGUGAAGCAGUUGUUCACGAUGGCCAGGGAGCAGAAGCCGGCAAUCAUUUUCAUCGACGAAGUUGACGCACUAUGUGGCCCAAGGGGCGAAGGUGAGUCGGAGGCUUCGCGGAGGAUCAAAACAGAACUUUUGGUUCAGAUGAACGGUGUUGGUAAUGACUCUGACGGUGUUUUAGUACUUGGAGCUACAAACAUUCCAUGGCAGUUGGAUGCAGCUAUCAGAAGACGGUUUGAGCGUAGGAUAUACAUUCCUUUGCCUGACCAGGAAGCCAGAGUCGAAAUGUUCAAGCUGAAUAUCGGAGAUACUCCGUGCUCCCUCACAACGCAGGAUUACCAUACACUUGCGCAAAUGACGGAUGGUUAUUCGGGGCAUGACGUCAGUGUUGUUGUGAAAGACGCGCUUAUGCAGCCGAUUCGUAAGAUUCAGAUGGCUACGCAUUUCAAAAAGGUGGUGUCCACGGACGAGGAAGGACGGGAGCUGGUGCAAUACACACCAUGCUCUCCUGGGGACAGUGAGGCAAUUGAAAUGAGCUGGUUAGAUCUCGACGGCGAGCAACUGAAGGAACCGGAGUUAGGAAUAAAGGAUUUCAUUAAGGCGAUCAAAACCAACAAGCCUACUGUGAACCAGAAAGACCUGGAGAAAUUCAUCGAGUUUACAAACGAUUUCGGCUCAGAGGGAAAUUAGAUGAUAGAGAUCCAUUAGUAUUUGGAUAUGUUGAAGUUAGAGUCCACCACCUUCGACAACUCGAUUUUGAUUAGCAGCAGAGCUGCGCCUUUGUUUUCCAAAAACGGCUUGGCAUCUGGGUUGCUCUUGAUGUGUAGAUCUCUGUAAUACUUUGUUUCAUCCGAGUCCUCAUCCUCGUCAAAAACUUGUUCGACAUAUCCUGUCAAAUUGCAACUCAGCUCGCAUAAUUCCGACUGGUUUAGGUCCUCCAGCAAUCUGAGCAACUGCCCAUGUCGAGAAACUCCGCUUGCCUUGGUCGAAGUCGUCCAAUCAUGGACCAAAAUGGAGCAUUGUGGGUUUUGGGAUAAGUUAUGGUACUUCUGAGUAUCCUUAGGCGUGGAUAUGAGCAAAUAGUGGUUCUUGCCUGUCUUGUCGUGGUACUUUUGUUCGGGGCUGAUUAGCGUGUAGUUCAUCAAACUCACGUGAGGCACGUUAUUGAGACAGGUUCCCAAGUGGAUGAAGUUGGCAUUUUGUAGUAGAUGCAACACAGAGCUAGGAAUUUCGGUGGUCAUCUAAAAGUGGUCAAAUGUUAAAAAUGUCAG